AUGCCGCUCCUGGACCGUGUUUCGCCAAUUCAGCAUCACGAAAUUCUUUGCAAGCGUUACUGGGUAGCGAAAGUGACUGCAAAAAUGAUUUUCACCGUCAACUUCGGGACUCGUCCACUUUACCAUUUUCUUCCUCCCCCUGCGCAGAGCGGCGGGAGGCAUUCAGUGACCCACGACUCGGCCACGUGGGGAUCCGGAGACACAGUGCCAACGGUACACACAGCUACUAUAUCCAACCUCCGCCAGGCUCUCUCUCGAGUCCAAGAAUACGCCAUCGAGUGGAACCCUCGGCCGGUUGCUGAGGUUUUUAGCGCUGUGCAUGCCAUCGCAAUGACGGACACACUUGAUCGAGCUCCAGAAAUUCUCGUGUACGCCACGAUCAAUUUGUACACAUACGUGUUCACAGGUUUGUUUCAGUCGAUUCGUGAUAACGCGCUCGCCUCGUCACUCGUACCUGAGACAAAGAGAGGACGCGACUUCCCUAGCUGUAAGAACGUCCAUGACCUAGUAACACUUAAGGACGACGUGCUCCAGUAUUUGAAGCGUCGGCAUGGAGACUUGAAGGACAAUCACCAAACACUCUAA